AUGGAUUCAGACGCCGGCUCCACCUCCAGCCGCUCCUCAUCCCCAGACCUGAUCGUGGACGAUUCCGUCGGGAGCUUCUUUUCCAACAAGAUGUUCCAGCAGUACUGCCAGGAGCAGCGGGCCGACCGGGAGUCGGGCCCGGCCGGCAGGAAGGACCGCUGCUCGGAGGGUGACCAGCACCAGAACGGCUCCGAGGGAGACAAGGAGGAGACGCAGGACCUCCGGCUGAAGGUGAACAGCCGGGAGCGGAAGAGGAUGCACGACCUGAACCAGGCCAUGGACGGCCUGAGAGAAGUCAUGCCCUACGCCCAGGGCCCCUCCGUCCGCAAGCUGUCCAAGAUCUCCACCCUGCUGCUGGCCCGCAACUACAUCCUCAUGCUGUCCGGCUCCCUGGACGAGAUGAAGAAGCUGGUGGGGGACGUGUACGGCGCCCAGAGCCGCCCCUCGGCCCACCCCAGGAUCAGCGCCCCGCCGCCCUCCCUCUCCCUGCCGCUGCACCCUCUGGCCCAGUCCCUGCACUCCCUGGUGGGCAGCGCCCCGCCGGCUCCCCCGCCCCCGGCCCCGGCCCCCCACUCGCCCCCCACGGCCAGCUUCCUGGGGUUCCACGCCCCGGUGCAGGGGCUCCUGAAGGACUCGCUGCACCUGAGCAGCUGCUACAGGCACUUCCCCGGGAUGCCCUGCCCCUGCCCACUGUGCCAGCCCAUGCCCAACCCGUCCUCGUCCUUGCACAGCCUGGCCAUGAUCAAGUGA